AUGAGGAUCUGCUCCAGGGGCACAGCUGUGCCCAUCCUGCUGCUGCUGCUGCUGCUGCUGGGCACCGCGCCCACCCGCGCCCAGCCCUCCUGCCUCCACUUCCCCGAGCUCCUGCCCGCCAGGCUCAGAGAGCUGAGGGUCAAGUUUGAGGAAAUUAAGGAUUAUUUUCAAUCAAAAGAUGACGACCUCAGCAUCCAACUGCUCAACUCUGACCUGCUGGAGGAAUUCAAGGGGAGCCUCGGCUGCCAGUCGGUGUCGGAGAUGAUGGGGUUCUACAUGGAGGAGGUGCUGCCCAGCGCCAUGAGGAUCAGCGCUCAGCACCAGCAGAGCAUGGGCGACCUGGGCAACCUCCUGCUGAGCCUGAGAGCCACCAUGAGGCGCUGUCACAGAUUCUUCACCUGCGAGGAGAGGAGCAGGAGCAUGAAGCACAUCAAGGACACCUUCGCCAGGAUGAACACGAACGGAAUCUACAAAGCCAUGGGAGAGUUUGACAUCUUCAUCAACUACAUCGAGAAAUAUUUAACAAUGAAGAGAAGGAAAUGAGAGCAUCCCUGGGUCUGCAUUUUCCACACCAAAUCCUGCUACUUGUUUAAAAAUCACUUUAGUCUGCAAGGGUCAAAUUAAAUUAUCUCAAGGUCCAGGUCAAGAGUUACAGGUUAAUAACUUCCAGCUCAAUAUUGUAUUUAAGAGUUAUUUUUUUAAUAGUUGAAUUUAUUAUUUAUUACUUCUAAUACCUCAGUGUUGAUGUUUACAGUAUGUUUGGAAGAAAGGAGUGAUGAGCUUGUAAAUUAUUAUUUAUUGUUCAAUAUUUUAAUAUUGUUUAUCAUAGUGUUAUUUUAUGCAUAGCUUCAGAACACCCAAAGCAGCAUUUUUCUGGGGGGCAGACAAUGAGCUGAGCUUAUCCCAAGUGAAUUCCACUCCUGAUUAGGAGCAAGGCCAGCUCUGACUUCAACAAAAUUUAAUUUUAGGCAAAUGACCCUCUCCUCAUUUCCUACAUCUCUAUUUAUUUAUGCAAUCAGUGGUUUUGUGUUUGGGAGGAGAAAAAAACCACAGCAACAGCUUGGUUGACUCCAAUUUAGACUUCAGCCUGUAGAUUAGUCCAGACUAAAUUAAAAAAAAAUUAAUAAUAGGAAUGAAAUGUUUGGUUCUAAUAGAACUUAAAUAUUGCUCAGUAUCUGCCUACCAGAGCUGCUGGGUCAGCCACUCUGCACUUUCCAAAGUUAACCUUAUUAUUUCCCAGUCUCUGAUUGGGUUUUACUCUGUGUUUUACUGCUCUUGGUUUUCUUUUAGGAGUUAGAGGAUAUUUAAUUAACCACCAUUUUAAGGUGGCUCGGGUAAUUUGCAUUCAAAUCCACGGGGCUGCUCCCAGCACUGCCGAUGGUGGGGUUGGAUUUUUAAUCCCCACGAGCAGCAGGAGCAGCUUCUGUGCCCUAAAAGUGGCUGAUUUUAGGGCUCAGCUUCCUCCUCACCCCGGCGGACACUGAGCCAGAGGAAAACGCCACAACCCCAAGAGAGGCUUUUACUUCUAAUAUUUAGAAGUGGAAGGGCCCCCACCUGAUGAAACACUGCCAGUUUGGUGUUUGCUGUGCAAGUCCCAGCUGAGGGGAGGUUAUUUAUACAGGAUUUAUUCUUUGUGGACAUUUCUGGUGGCAGCCUGCCCGCACGGGAAUUGGAUAUUCCAGAGCAGGGCAGGAAUGCUGCUCCGUGGGUCGCUCCUCCUGCUGAAAGUUCAGGCUCAAGGGCAGCCAAAGACUGUAAAACUUAAAUUAAUCUUCUUACCAGGGCACGUUAAGUUCUCAUUGAGACAAUUCUGUGCUUGAUUUUCCCUCCAAACACCUUCGAUGUUGUGGGAGAAGCAAGGAGAGCCCUGGAGCCAAGGACAACAUCAGCACGGCUCCUGCCACUGGGUGAACUUUCUCCUAUUUAUCUGUGUGAAAAGAAAUCCUUUAUUUUUGCUAAUAAAG